AAAAAACUCGGCGACGAAGAACGCUUCGUAUCGACGCCCUGGACUGAAUUCGGCACGUCCAACAAACGGAAUAGUGUUCUCUGAUAUAUUCUCUACGUGCUGGGUAUGGUCGCGUUUAGUUGGAAGCUCAGUGCAUCACCACUUUCGAUUUUGAGACUUGGCCGAUGGACUAUUUCGAUUUCCUAAAAAUCCCUUGCAUGCCCGCAAAGAUUUCUCUCCGCCUCCGGCAUGGUUAUCCGGCCGCUUGUACACUCUUGCUGAGACAAGAAAGCAGUAAUAUAGAGUACGUAGCAGGAAAUUCGAUUCGAUAGCGGCUAGCGGACUAGAUUGACGGUGGUCCUACGUGGAGAAAGCAGAGCCAAUAUUACUUGCUCGGAUCGGAGCUCCGAAGCUAACAUCGGCUAGGACAGCAAGUCGCUACCCGGAAUCUAAGUUUACCCGCUGUCGGUCAACAGUCGACAAAUCGACCGUCAACAUGUCACUGACAAAGGCCCUGCGAGCAAAUGGGACUAGAGCACGGGAUGCAAUGCUGCUGCCGACCAGGGUGGUGGACGAGACAGCAGGCUAUGGCCAGGACCAAUGGGGCAUGGACGACGGCAUCACCGUUACCUACUGGCUGCCGGCGCCCGACAGCAACGUGUACCGGCGGCCGGAGCUGCACGAGGCGCUGCGCAAGGCGGACGUGGCGCGGGCCAUUCUGCGCCAGUAUCAGCCGGUCGAGGGCGAGCUGACCUGCGCCGGCCAGGACAUACCCGGCUCACUCACGGACGCCAUGGACAAGGUAGGCUUCGGCAAGCGAACGCUGACGUCGCAUCAGGCACGCGUUAGCAUUACUGCAGGCGCGGAUGGUGCAGGUCAGAUGGGAAAGCGUGAUGGUGAUGAGCCGGGCAAGGACUGGAACCUGCUGUACUGCAGAUCGUAUCCACCCAUCGACCGCAGGCUGCUGAAGCCGUGGCAGAGGAUCAGCCAGUUCCCCGGCGACAUGCAUGUCAUAACACACAAGGACAAGCUUGGCGUGCACAUCACAGAGUGUCGACGCCGCUAUGGCAUAAUGUUCUCAUUCAUUCCGCCAACAUUCGCUCUUCCGCGAGACACGUAUAAUUUCCGUGAGUUCCACGAGCGCUUUGCACUUGGCGGUGGCGUAUACCUCGACUCCAUAGCCAGCAAUUUGGGCAUAUUCGAGCAAGCAGAUGACCGAGUGGACAAGGAAGGUGAUGAAAUUUGGAUUCUCAAACCGGCCAGCUCAUCGCAAGGCAAAGGAAUAGCUAUUCUGAACUACAGUCAGAUAUCUCGGCAAGCGUUGGUGCGCCCCGUAGUGGCACAGAUGUACGUCUGCCGGCCCCUUCUCAUCAGUGGCUUCAAGUUCGACCUGCGCCUGUACGUGGCAGUGGCGUCUUAUCGACCGCUACGCGCUUACAUCUACCAGGAGGGUCUGGUGCGGUUUGCAACGAAGAAGUUCAGCCUGGACGAUCUAAUGAGCGUGCAUGCACACUUAACUAACACAUCCAUCAACCGGCGAGCAAUCGGCAGCCAACUCCCAAGCAGCAUAGUGGGUGAUGACUGUCGCUGGAAGCUGUCACGGCUGCAGAAGUACUUUCUCGCCAACGGUAUUGACGAUCGCAUGCUGUGGCAGCAUGUCUCCCGCAUCGUUGUGUGCACUCUACUCGAACAGGCCAAGUUCAUACCGUCGGCGCCAAACAGUGUGCAGCUGCUCGGUUACGAUAUCCUCAUCGACGAGCAUCUCAUGCCGUGGCUGUUGGAAGUCAACCUGGUGCCUUCCCUGCAGCGCACGUGUGCUCUCGACACCGCGCUGAAAGUGCCUCUACUCGAGGACUUCAUCCGAGUGAUGGAGUUCAAGCCGGGCGACGAGUUCUGCGGGAAGCCGCUGCUGCCAACACCGUCGUCUCCUCAACCUCCUCCUCUGCCGCCGCGCCGGCGAAAGGCAAACAGAUUCAAGCGCCGACGGUCUUCGUCCUACAAGGCCACCAAGGCCAUCAAGCGCCCCGUUCACCUUCCCAGCAUCGAGCACCCGCAAGAUCAAGGUCUAUGGCUACCCGAGUGGCAAACACACGUGACAGCACCAGUGUCACCCGGCCGGAUACAAUCUCCGCCGCCGAAGGUCUGCCUUCGGCCAACUCGAUUCGACAAUCCCGUCAUGAUGCCGAGGCAGCCACGCGGACAGCCUGCCCACCACCCGACCCUGCAGCAUGGCAGCUUUGCGAUGAUUUACCCGUUCGACCAAGACACGCUGCGCAAUCGCAGCACCACGGAAUCGGGCAUGAAGUCUGCACUGGCCUCGCUGCAUCGUGCCACCAGCAGACUAGAGCAGGAAUUCACCAGGCAUGCUGCCGGUCCUAAACAGCCUGCUCCGCCCAGGAGAAGGGUGCAUUCGUGCUUCCCGGGACCACGGCCACUGCCCGUGCCAAACAGAGGGGGCUAUCCGUUCGCGAUGCACCAGACUCUGGGAGAGAACAACAUGCUGGGCAAGUGGCCUGGGUUCGAAAAGCCAGGUCCGUUCCGUGCGCCACCACCUUUCUUCACCAGCGCCGGAACUGGCACGAACAGAUCGCAUUUUGCAUAGAAGUCAUGGAUGCAAUGUGAGUACAUUGUAUGUGAAGUAUAAGGGAUGAUUAGAGAUGAUUCGAGCCACAGUAUAGCUCUCUUGGUCUGGACAUACGUGAAGUAUGACAGUGGCUGUAGCUAUCCUCGUCAAUGAACACACGUUGUACGGAUUUGUUGGAUUUGCCGUGUCAAACACUGCGUGUACUUUCUCUUGCCGGUCAUGUACUCGUGUCUUGUAAGCUCUCUUCAUUGCGCUUGUUACACUCGAAUACUGGUGGUGCUGGUGGUGUUAUUUCAAAUCUGGUCGACUAUAUGAAAUCAAACUAGCAAGGUCUACUGGAUGCAUGUAUUUUUGGCCUUGAAAGAGCAGGCAGUUCC